GCCAUUUGCCCAACACCACUGACCCGUUUCGCCGGUCACGUGCCAUGUUGCCCAACAUCUACCCCGAAGACCUCAAAGGCUUCGCGCCUGCCGUCAGCCGGGCGGCGCGCUUGCUGUCUGUGGCAUCCCUAGGCUCCGUCGUGCUGCAAGGUCGCAGGUCCUUUGCCGCCGCCAGGAGCGUGAAGCUCACCGGUGCGGGCGCCGAGGAGGAGAAGGAGACGCCGCUGGGCGUCGCGGCGUUGCUGAUGCUCCUCGCUGCCGAGGUGGUGGGUGGCAACGCGUUGCUUCAGCCAGCGAAGGACUGGCCACUGAAGCAAGCGGCCCAGACGGUGCAGAAGGCACUCCAGAAGCCGCAGACCAGCAUGCUGGAGCGAGCCGUGGAGAUCGUGUUGGAGGUCUUGAAAAGUAAGCAGGUCUUUGCAGCCCUGCAUAGCGCCGUGAUGAUUUGUUUGUUGCUUGGAGCCUUGCUGACCGCGGUGGUGGGGACCGUGUUGUCUGGUGGGAACCAGCGGAAGGCCUCUCACUUGGCGUUUGGUGUGGGCUUGUUCCUGCCUGUGGGAUUUCUGCUGUGCGGCCACGCAACCAGUUGGUCCAAAGCGCUGCGGCCUUCAAACGACUUGGUGACCGCCUUCGAGAUGCUGCUCCGUUGCGCUGCCCUGGUUGUGGCCAAUGAUGCCACGCCUAGCAGCUUUGCAGUCUUCCAGGUUGCAUCUCUCAUGGCCAAGAUGUCCGCCGCGGUCGCCACUCUGACAUUGGCGCAGGACCUCGCUCCGGUGCGUGCGGACUGGCACAAGCUGGUGGAUAGCCAUGUGGCGCAGAUCUGGUUGCCGAUCCUCUUGGCGUUGCUGUGGCUGCUCGUCCGCCACCUCAGGUCCAGCACACUGCUGAGCUGUGCAGCGAUGCUCUCCCUUUUGACCUCCCCAGUCGCUUUGGCCCUGGCUUGGCCGGAGGCUGCCAAGCUGAUGGGACUACCCGGCAAGCCAGAAGCAGGCCUCACGCGCAUGGUGAACCUCCUCUACGCGCUCACGGCCGCCGCCAGUUUGAUCUCUGAAGGGAGCAUGGGCGUGCUGGCGGUGAUGCUGGUGCUGCAACUCCUGGCCAGGAUCCACGGCGCUGAGAUCUUCAACCUCUGAAAAAGAAACUGCCAGCAGCUGGGAGCAGCCGGGGCCAUGGGGGGCUUUGGGAUGCUUUGGGUCACUGGGGGCGGAACACGACGCGACUCUACCUGCCAGGGACUGUAGGUAGAGCAAGAACCCUAU